UUAAAACAUAAUCUUAACAAGAUAGACAUUUUCCUCUUUAAGGAAUCUGCAGUUGACUGUUUAAAAAUGGCAGAAGAAAAGAAAAAGAUUCAUUGUCUACAUGUCUGUGGACAUAUUGGAGCUAUGAUAGAAGAAUCAGCCGAAAAGAAAUUCGAGGAGACAAUGAAAGGAAAGAGAAAUAUAACAUGUAACACUUCCCAGAAUAGUGAUCAACUACACGAGCUUUAUAAAGACAAGGUGAAAGGAACACAGCCUAGUGAAGAAAAGGUUAAAAUGAUGAAGGAAUUAAUGGAGGCCAUAGAGCACGCACAACUCGUGCAUAGUAAUACCAUACUUCGUGCGAAACAGGAAGAGUCCGGACUAAAACGCCACCCAUCUACAUUGAGUCACAUGCACCACGACGACAGUGACAGUGAACCGGAAGUUGAAGAAGACAAACCUCACCCAAAAGAGAUUGAUACUACAGAUACAACCGAUGAAAACCUAACAACGGAUCCAGUCGAGACGAACGCUGCGGAUACAACUGCGGUGUCUGAUGAUGUCAAAACAACGGAACCAGUCGAGACGAACGCUGUAGAUACCGCCGCAGUGUCUGAUGAAGUCAAAACAACGGAACCAGUCGAGACGAACGCUGUAGAUACCGCCGCAGUGUCUGAUGAAGUCAAUCAAACCAACGCAGCUCCAUAGAGGAACCUGAUAAAAUGUUGACGAUACGUGACAUCAAUGAUGACCAGUAAUUUGAUAUAUGAAUAAAAUUUGAAGAAAAAAAAAA